GAUGGUUCUUCGCUAGUGCCAGUGCGGGACGAGAGAAUUAUCUUCUUCCUUCGAGGGGGUGGAUGCGUGGCAUCUUCUAUUCGUUGACAAUGUCAUCUACUUGGGAAAUAGAUUGCACAAUAUCCGUGAAAAACCUUUCGGCGUGAUCUCCUACGACAUAAAGCGGCUCUUACCACUCUGGCACAUAUAAUUUCGGCCGCAAGUACGUCUACGUGUAGAUCAGAUUUAACCAUCAAAAGAAUGAAAUCGUGAAGGGUAGCUCAAGGUGGAGAGGAGCUACGUGUUUAAUAAAUAAUAUUAUCCGACGUGGUAAAACUCAGACUAUAGAAGCAACGGAACAAGCUACAAGAAAAUGAUGGAAGAAGUUCUCACGGCAAAGCUCCACGCCGACGUGCCGGGCGAGGUAUGACAAUGCACAACUCCUCCCUCCCCUCAUUUGUAUUGCAUGGACAGCAAUACAAACACUAGCGCGCGUGUAUGUUGUGCAUGACAAGUUCCUGCGCCGACUGUAGUACUGGUUGGGCAUCCAGAGUCUGUCAUGCAAUCAGUGCUGCAAGUCAGCAAUUGGAAUUGCGAUUUUGCAAGACAAAUGAUAAUGAGAGGAAGUGGAAGUUGUGCACUCUCAUACGAGGGAGCGACGCUGCACAAGCACUUGUGCGAGUUGGUGGGCGCGUGUGUGGACAAGUCCGACCCAAAUGCCUUGGCGCUGCUGGAGUACAACUUGUGAACCUGUUCGCAUUGUUUUUCAUCUUGUUAAAAUAUGAAACAUCACAGAUGUGUUUCGGUUUGAUCAUGUCCUGUCCGCUACAUGAGUUUUGUCCAAAUUAUACCAAAACUCCUAAAUCCACAGGCAAGUCUCCAUGGAGUUGAAGUACGGGCGAUUUCGACCCUCAAGCGGGCCGGAGGUCACAAAGCACGUCACACCAAACCCGGCGCUGGCAGCGAAGAAGAAAGGUAUCUAUAUUGGUGAACAUGAAAAUCAAAAUGAAUCAUCAUUUAUCAACGUUGCAUUUCUGAUGCAAAGUAAGAACCUGUUUCGUAACUACUACCACCAGCAGUUUUCUCAUGCUCAACAUGCAUGCAUCAUGAUUUCACUGUCAUACAAACCGAAAUUCAGAAAACCGCGAAAAACUUUCAACUCUCGCUCCCCUCAGUGGCGCCAUGGAUUUCAUGGCCCAGUCAAGUAGCAUGAGAUGGGCCGGUUUGGGCUUUAGCAAGCAGGAGUCAUACCAAAUUAGCCUCAGACUAGCGGAAUUGGGCAGGAAAGCCGGUGUGGAGAGCGUCAGGUGAUAUAGAAGUGGGUUUGUGGAGAUGUUUUUUGAAUGUGUGAUGUAGUUGCUAGACAAAGAAAAUGGUUCUGUCAUGCAAGCAUUGGCGGCGAGCGCAAGAAAAACAUUUAAUAUUCAUGAUUGCCACUCAGGUUCUGGGGUAAAAUGUUGGGCACAGAGAAGGACUACAUUGUCUAUGAAGCAAAAAUCGCCGGCGAAGGCCACUCAACAGACAGCUACGAGGGCCGAGGGACCGGGGCGAACAAAUUUACCUACUUCGUACAGAAGGAGUUUUUUUCUUGCAACUUCUUGUGCUGUUUCCUGCAUUUGUAUGUUCAUGUUGACAAGCAGAUCAUGCAAGGUAGAAUUUUAAUUUCAAGCAAGAGGGUGAUACUUCACAUGACAAAGUUUAAAUCAGGUCCAAAACGAGCCCAUGGGCGACCUCACGCAGCUCCCAGACGUUAUCAAAUGUAAAAAUGUCUGGGUCCGGAAGGAUCCAAACUUGUCAUGCUGUCUUUGGAUUCUAAAAAAAUCUGUAUCGCAUGACCAGCAAGAGGAGCCCAGAUUGUGCUACGUGCAGAGGGCAUUUGUCAUGCGGAAGAGGCAUCAGGAAGCCUUUCAAAAAUCUGCCAUGCUAAGUCAUGCACUACAGGCAUGAUGGGUCAUGCAAAAUAUGCAUGACAAACCAGGAAAUCUUCCAGACCCAGACAUUUUUACAUUUGAUACACGUUACCACCGCACAAAUCCAGAAGUCAAGAUCAAUCCAGAAAUACCUCUCCGGGGAUUUGAACAAGGAGAUCAUCGCGUGCCCGGUAUAAUUUUUCUACACGUGGAAGGUAGUGGUUGGAGAUAUUGAUGAGCUAGAUUUCUCAUGCAUUUUUUCCAAUGGUGUUUGAUCCUGUCAUGCAUUUUUCAGCAAGACAAAAGAACACCCACAAUCAAAACCCAGUGGUUCGGCGGCAAGGAAAUCUCCCUCCUGCGAGCGCAAAUCGCACGAAUCGGCCACUCCUGCACACUCCACGUAAACGGGUAUUACGUAUCAAAUGCAAAAGCAUCGUACUCGUAGUAAUCGCAGAUACGCAUGACAAAUCGGAUUCCAAAGGUAAAUCAGCAUGACAAAUUCCAUUUUACAUUCUGCGGAAAUUUGUCAUGCGAUUGAUACUAGUACGAUGAUUUUGCAAUGCAUACCACGCUAUGGACGACGAAUCAGGAAAGAUGGUGCAGGCGGAAGACUUUGCCUUCCCCUCAGUAGAGGAGUUAGGGAGCCAGGGAACCUGGGUGCACAGCUCGGACUACAUACUGAAGAACGGUAUAACGUUAUUUUUGAGGAAACUCCUCGCACUUCUACGUACUUGCUGUGCGACCUGCAUGACAACCAUGAUUCAAAUUGCAGUCUCCGCAAGACAAAGUAUAUCAAAGCAACAAUAUUCUCACAGGUAAAACCGCCUACCCAUCCGCCGAGGAACAGGAGGCGAUGGAAGAGGACGUAAAAGCAGCAUUGGGUACGACAAUGAAAAAGAAAAGUUUAAGUUUGUCAUGCUAAUGCCGGGCAUCACAGUCUCGUCUGAAAUGCAGCGGUUUGCAUGACAAACAAUUAGCUUUUUCAACCUCAUAACGAACGCGGAAAUGGAAGAGUGCCCAGUGAUUCCGCUGCUGACGCCAAUCCAGGGUGAUUUAGAGCAGGACGACGAAGGAAACUCCCUGGCCUGGAGCAUCAAGCAAGUUGGGGACAAAUCAACGUAAUAAUUAAAGUCUCUCUUUCUGUUUCUACUUUUUGGAAAAAUUAUUUGUGAUGCAGAAAGUGAAAUAGCAGCACUACUACCACUAGGUGCGAUUUCGGGUCAAUUUCGUGAUCAUAGAAGAGGAUUUGCCAACAUGCGUGUCAUGAAAGUAGGCUGAGUCCUGUCAUGCAGAAAUUCCUUCGAAAACCUCUAAUCAGGUACUCCUUCAACGACGUCACAAGGCAAUACACGGUAACAAUUGUCCAGUCCAAGAGAUGGCCCGGUGCGUUUACCGUCGCGCAGGGAUCCAGCGUCUACAACGUCUAUGUAUUGGAUUGCUAGCCUUUUGUCAUGCGGUCUCCGGUUGAUGGAGGAAUGAUCGCAGCUUUUCCAGUUGAGAUUAUUUGUCAUGCAUUCUAGAAACGCACUAUCGUUACGCAGCUAUCGGAAGAUGAUUCGGUCAUGCCUACACUGCCAAAUUAUCCAUAUCAUCAGAUCGGCUAUGGUGUGAAGAAGGAAACCGCCCUGCCGAUCCUAGUCCCCUUCUAUCCUGUGCAAAAGUAUCGUACUCGUGCUGCAGUCAUGCAUUACAAAUCUCUUUCUAUAAAGUGAAUCCGCAUUACAAAUUUUUAUUUUAUCUCUCAUGCUGAGAAAUACAAAUAUAUUUGUAUAUGCAUUUAUACGAGUACGAUACUUGUUUUGCAGUUCAUACCUUCGCCGGCGCUACCAUGCUCGGGUUGCCGCCAGUCAUGACGGAGCCGGAGGAUCAGACCGAGAACCCAGAACCCAAUCCGGAAGAGGAGGAGGCGCCGUCUGAUGGCGGGGACGAGGAUCCACCGCAGUAGGGACGGAAAUGACGCUGUUGAUGAUGUGCGGCUAGAAGUUUGAUAUGUAGUCGAAAAUCAGAGAUAAAAUAAAUCCAGACCCUCUGAAAUUAGGACAAAAUAAAACCAAAACCAGUACAGCAGAUCAUGAGUACAAAGAUGAACCAGAGAACCAAUAUAGAAUACCAAUUGCCAUUUAUGUUAUUGAAAUUUGCAGACAAGAUGAAACCUCGAAUAAACCAAAACGAGAUUGCUAGCAGAAACCGACAGAAGCUUUAGCAACAGUGUUGAAGUUGCGAUCAGAUACUAGAUGAACUUCGAUUGUACCUGUACUUACUCAAGGCUAUGCUCCUCCUAUAUUGCGAAAACAUCAAUGCUUAAACAGAUAGAUUGAAACCUAGAUCGAAGCGUGGUACCGAGUGCGAUUUUUCGGUGCCAGAUUUUCACCAGAGGCCGCGGGAAAGGAUGCUACAGUUGUGUGUGUUUCCGUGCAGUUUGUUCGGUCGCACAGCUAGAUAUACUACUGCAGGAGACUCUCGCUCCUAAGGAUGAAUAUUAAAAGUAACUGAAAUAAAAGAACCCGCUGGACAAAACAGAAAGCAGAACAACGACGUGCGAUAAUGAGAGCAGCUGUAACCAGACACACAGGACCAGAGGCUGCUUAUUUUUGUAUUUGAUAUGCCGGAAUCAGGACUUUCGGUUACGACCUCUGCGCGGUCCAAGAGAUUCGUGUUCAUCUUCCAGCAAAGCUUCACAGCGAU